UCCGAUUCCACUUUGCCUUCCCGGUGUCAAAAAAAUCGCACACGAAGUCGUGCGUUGGAGUGGGAAGAUAAAAUUAGCAGUUUUCCUUUCGCUGGCAGUGUGAAUUUACUUCUCAAUCAUCUGUGAGUUGGUGCAAGAUGAGUGGAAUGAUUCGACUUCCAACGGUGCUUGCCAAGAACGCGCUUUCAGCGGUUCGAGGCUUGACUGCUGGUACGUCACAGCGCAACCUGCAUUUCACCGUUGGACAGAAUAAUGCUAAAUCGAACCCGGAUGCCAUUUCGCGAGAGUAUCCCGUCGUUGACCAUACUUACGAUGCGGUCGUUGUUGGGGCCGGCGGUGCAGGACUGCGUGCCGCUUUUGGGCUGGUUGCGGAAGGAUUCAAGACUGCCGUUAUUACGAAGCUGUUCCCUACCCGUUCCCACACCGUCGCCGCCCAGGGUGGCAUCAAUGCCGCACUGGGUAAUAUGGAGGAGGACGACUGGAAGUGGCACAUGUACGAUACGGUGAAGGGCUCCGACUGGUUGGGAGACCAGGAUGCCAUCCACUACAUGACGCGCGAGGCACCGAAAGCGGUCAUUGAGCUGGAAAACUACGGUAUGCCCUUCUCCCGCACGCCCGACGGCAAGAUUUACCAGCGUGCCUUCGGAGGACAGAGCUUGAAGUACGGUAAGGGUGGACAGGCGCAUCGCUGCUGUUGCGUUGCGGAUCGUACCGGCCACUCGCUGCUGCACACGCUGUACGGUCAGUCGCUCAGCUACGACUGCAACUACUUCAUCGAAUACUUCGCCAUGGACUUGUUGAUGCAGAACGGCGAGUGUGUCGGUGUGAUUGCGAUGAACCUGGAGGAUGGUAGCAUUCAUCGCUUCCGUGCGAAGAACACGGUGCUGGCUACUGGUGGGUACGGCCGUGCGUACUUCUCCUGCACCUCGGCGCAUACCUGCACCGGCGACGGUACGGCCAUGGUGGCGCGCGCUGGAUUGCCCUCGGAAGAUUUGGAGUUUGUGCAGUUCCACCCGACUGGCAUCUACGGUGCCGGUUGCCUGAUCACGGAGGGCUGCCGCGGUGAGGGUGGCUAUCUGAUCAACUCGCAGGGUGAACGGUUCAUGGAGCGCUACGCGCCGGUGGCGAAGGAUUUGGCCUCGCGUGACGUUGUGUCCCGCUCGAUGACAAUCGAAAUCCGCGAGGGACGCGGUUGCGGCCCGGAGAAGGAUCAUGUCUACCUGCAGCUGCACCAUCUGCCCCCAGAGCAGCUGGCCCAGCGUCUGCCGGGCAUUUCGGAGACGGCAAUGAUUUUCGCCGGCGUUGAUGUAACCCGCGAACCCAUUCCCGUACUGCCGACUGUGCAUUACAAUAUGGGUGGCGUACCGACGAACUACAAGGGCCAGGUGCUGACCACGGAAAAUGGUGCCGAUCGUGUUGUGCCGGGAUUGUACGCGUGCGGUGAGGCCGCUUGUUCCUCGGUGCACGGUGCCAAUCGUCUCGGUGCCAAUUCGCUGCUCGAUCUCGUGGUGUUCGGUCGUGCUUGCGCCAAAACGAUCGCUGAGGAGAAUCGUCCUGGAGAGAAGGUGCAGGAUCUGAAGCCGAAUGCGGGCGAAGCAUCGGUUGCCAACUUGGACUGGGUGCGUAACGCCGACGGACAGGUGCCGACAUCGACGUUGCGUUUGAAUAUGCAGAAGACUAUGCAGACGCAUGCUGCCGUUUUCCGCGAGGAGAAAACGCUCCAGGAGGGCGUGCGCAAGAUGGGCGACAUCUACAAGACCAUCAAGGACGUGAAAGUGUCGGACAGGUCGCUGGUGUGGAACUCGGAUCUGGUGGAAACGCUUGAGCUGCAGAAUUUGUUGCUGAACGCAAACAUGACCAUCGUCGCUGCUGAAAACCGUAAGGAAUCGCGCGGUGCUCAUGCUCGUGAGGACUACAAACAGCGUGUCGACGAAUACGACUUUAGCAAGCCGCUCGAGGGACAGCAGAAGAAGCCGGUGGAAGAGCACUGGCGUAAACAUACGCUGACGUGGAUCGAUCCAGCCACCGGUAACGUCACCAUCGACUACCGUCCGGUCAUUGACGAAACGCUCAGCGAGGAAUGUGCUACCGUGCCGCCAGCCAUUCGGUCUUAUUAAACAAACAACAAAACAACAACCGAAAGAUGUUUGCUGUCGUGUGAUCUAUUUCGGGAGGGGGGUAUAUCGCUACAACGAGGAUGCAAAGAAAAUCAGCCUACACCAUCUCACGCUUUCGCACGUUUUCCUUCUAUCGGCAAGAAGCGUGCGCGUUGCUAGCAGCUUGGCUAUUGAAAGUAUUAUUAACAGCAUACGGAUCCGAUCACACCCCAUCACUAUUUAUUGCAUCUUGAAUGUCGACAUUUUACGUAAGAGUGAAGAAAAAAACUGCGUGAAGAAAGCUAAAAAACGGGCACCUUACAACAAACACAGUAAGGGUAAUGUGUGAAAAGGGUUUUGAAGCAAUGCUGCUGUAGACGACAUACCUACCAUCAAGUGUCAAUCCUCGCCCCACUGCCAGUGGCAUGAAUAAUGGAUCAAUUUUGCACACAAUUUUGUGUUUUGCUGGCAAUUGUUCCAUUGUUCUAAUAAUGUCUUGAUCGUAUGAAGAUACCAGUGAGCGAUUUGAGAGAAUAAUUGCAAUGACGAUUUAAGACGGCAACGAUAAGUUAGGAGAAGUUUUGUACGCGAAGAAAUGAAAAAAAUAACGAGCCGUAUUAGUGAGAAAAGCGUAUCCUGAGUUGGAUAAUUUAUUUAAAUCCAAACACUAUUCAUUACUGUAGGCAACCAGAAACCAAAAGCAAAA